UUUAUGGGGCAUUGCCUCGGCUUUAAUGCUUUCAUUUAUCAUCUAAGUCAUUCAAGCGUUUUACACAAAAGGGUAGAAAUUUACGUAAUCAAGCGUGCGAGUGAAUGCACGAGAGUCUUUUUGUAACAGUUCGCUUGACAGCCUAGAUCUAUAUGACACUGGUUAUACGUGAAUCGUUAACGUUUUGCAACAAGCCCCAACUUGCCGUCGUCUGUUCCACUGAUUGUCUGAAUUAUGUGGGUGUCAGCAUUAUUACAGCGUAUAUGGUUCAUACUACGCGUAAGGCCUGUGAUCUACAACUUCGUUGAGUUGUCAAGCUCGGAGUGACAAGGAUGCCACCUAAGAGAAAAGCGGCUGGGGGGGCUAAAGCCGGUGGUAAGAAGGCCAAGACUGCCAACGCUGCUGUGGCUGGACCGUCCACUGUUCAGGAUGCUAUCGCUAGCCUGAAGUCUGCCGACGCUGGGAAAUCCAAGAAGUUUAAACCUGACAGCUACUUUCCCAUCCCCGGGUGUAGUGUGUAUAGUGACUACGACUGUAUGCUCAACCAGACCAAUAUCGGACACAACAACAACAAGUUCUAUGUGAUCCAGGUUUUGCAGCACGGAUCAAACUAUUAUGCCUGGAACAGAUGGGGCAGAGUGGGAGAGCCAGGUUCUAACGCCAUAAAGGGACCAUUCACUGACGUGACCAAAGCUACGUCAGACUUUGGGAAGAAGUUUUCAGCCAAAACAAAGAACAAAUGGGCCAACAGAGAGAAUUUUAAGGCAGCCCCAGGAAAAUAUACUCUUAUAGAGAUGGCCGGAGAGGAAGAGGAUGAAGUGGAUACAGCAGUCACUGCAUUGGCACCUGUGGUCAAGGGUCCUACUGCUUCCUGCACACUGGACAAUGCUACCCAGAUACUGAUGAAACUCAUUUUUGACCUCGACAUGUUUAAACAAGCCAUGGAGAAAUUUGACAUUGACGUCAAGAAGAUGCCCCUUGGGAAAAUAAGUAAGAGCCAGAUAGCAAAGGGAUUUGAGUGUCUGGAUGAAAUUGAAACAGCCGUCAAGGGGAAUAAGCCAAUGAAUACUUUGGCUAAUCUCUCCUCCCAGUUUUAUACUGUUAUUCCUCACAACUUCGGCCGCAAGAUUCCACCAACGAUCGGUGACCUUGAGACCAUUCGUCAAAAGAUGGAUAUGCUCCUGGUGUUGGGAGAUAUUGAACUGGCGCAAAGUCUGCAGAAGAACACACGAUCAGGCAAGAGUAAUGCUGGAAAAGAACCACAUCCGUUUGAUGUCAAUUAUAGCCUACUCAGAUGUAAGCUGGAUCUUCUAGAUUCCAAGUCCCAAGAAUACAAGAUCCUGGAGACGUAUACCAACAGUACAUCUUCAACCUGGAGACGAACAAAGAUUAAAUACAUCUGGCGCAUGGACCGUGACGGAGAGGGUGACCGGUUCAAGGCCCAUGAUAAACUAACUAAUCGUAAACUUCUGUGGCAUGGAACCAACGUCGCUGUGGUGGCAGCUAUAUGUAAAGGUGGCCUUCGUAUUAUGCCGCAUAGUGGUGGCCUGGUAGGAAGAGGCAUCUACUUUGCUUCAGAGAAUGGCAAGUCCGCUGGUUAUGUGCGGCCAGCAGGUAAAAUAGGUAUUAUGUUUCUGGAUGAAGUUGCCCUUGGCAAAGAACAUCACAUCACGAGAAGCAACUCGUCUCUAAAAUCAGCACCACCAGGAUAUGACAGUAUCAUAGCCAAGGGUCGCUCAGAGCCAAAUCCUAAGAAAGAUACAACACUGACUCUGGAUGGAAAGAAAGUGGUUGUGCCCCAGGGCGCUCCCGUCCCCCAGUCGAAGUGGAAUGCAUCUAACUUCUCUCAGAGCGAGUACCUUGUCUAUAAGGAGAGCCAGAACCGGUUACGUUACCUGUUGAUGGUAGAAAUGUAGACUUCAGCAUUGAUGUGACCGUCAUUGUGAUUCAGAAAUACAUUGAGACUCCAACCAUGAACUUGAUUGUUUAACUCAAUUAUGGUGGAUUCUGGAGUUUGGGGUGGUUGUUUAUUGGGGUUUUUUUUGUGGGUUUCUUUUGUGGGUUUUUUUGUGACUUGACUGUGAAUAUUACCAUAAGAGUGAAUUUAUUCAAGCUCAUGACACUGUCUUGAGGUAGCAAGUCUGUGGCACAAAAACGAUUUACUAUGUGCUACACAUGUAACAUCCUCUGUUAAGUACACUUUACAUACAUAUUUCAUUGUGUCAAAGCUACCUGGACCCAGUUGUUCAAAAGGUGAUUAGCUUAAUCACUUGAUCAGUGAAAAUUUCAUUUCUCAUUUGUUGUAAAACCUGUGAGUAUAUCAUCUUUUAAUUGUGCCAGUUGGAAGAGAAUUAAGAAUUACAGAAUUUCAUUAAGUUUUGUCAAGUUAGCUCUACCAGAAAUUAUUACAUCAGCAUUUGAAAAAUGUUGUUAAAAUGUGAUUAGCCUAAUCACCUUUUGAACAACUGGGCCCAGGUAAUUAACAGUGGUAUCUUUUGGUCACAGGCUCAAGGUCAUAUUUUUUACAAGAUCUAAUUUUGUAUUUGAAAACAAAUAUUCAUGAUGUUAUUUUUGUACUCCGGCUUCACAGGGUUGAAUUCACAUUCAUGACCAUCAUCUGUGUGAGUGAAAUUCAUGUACACUUCUAUCCUCAUGUAAAACCAUGAACCAUAUUUAUGUUCCCACACAUUAAAAAAAAAAUCAUAGCUUUUUAACCUAAAGUCAUGUUUUCAAGGUCAUAUUUGUAAGAUCACCAUAUCAUUUUCCCUUGGUUGUCAUAUUUACAAAGUCACCUUCAUGGGGUCACAUCUGACAACAUCAUUGUACAAUGAGGUCAAGGUCAUCUUUGUAAGGUCGAUUCUCAUUAGUGAUUUAUUGUAGAGAACUAUUAACAAUAGAAAAAUGGUUGUUGUGUCUUGUUACUGUGUUAACAUAGUGAAAAAUAUGUUUUUGAAAGAGAUUCCAUUUUAGCAGCAAAUUUAGCUAUUUAACAAGUUCAUUUAGGUU